AUGCCUGGCAAUGAAAAUCAACAUGAUGAUCCAGCGGCCGCAACAGGCCUCGAUGUUAGAGACAAUAAGUACAGAGCUGUCACAUUACUAACAUGUGUGGGGCCCGAGGCCCUGGAGGUUUUUGAGGGUUUCGAAUUCGAAAACGAGGACGAUGGAAAAGAUGUUGAAAAAAUAAUAGAAAAGUUUGAAAAGUUCUGUAUAGGGUCAACAAACGAAACGUAUGAACGUUAUUGUUUUAAUAAGCGUGAACAGGAAGCAGGGGAAAGUAUUGAUGCUUAUGUGUCAGCAUUGAGAACUCUUGCUAAAACAUGCAAUUACACGACCCUUGAGGAUGCACUGAUACGAGACCGUAUUGUGAUUGGAAUACGCGAUAAUCACACGCGUAAAAAGCUCCUACAGGACUCAAAACUAACCUUGAACUCGUGUAUCGAUAUUUGUCGAGCAGCCGAGAAAACAUCCAAACAAAUGAAAGCUAUUUCGCAAGAAGAAGUACAAAUGGUUCAACAUAAAGAGAAAAAAGAAAGUGCUCGAAGAUCACAACAUAGACCAGAACCGAAAGAAUGUAGAUACUGUGGAACAAAUCAUGUAUUCCGUAAAGAGUCAUGUCCCACAUGGGGUAAAAAAUGCUCCAAAUGCCACAAAAGUAAUCACUUUGAGUCUAAAUGUCGGAAUGAAAGGCCCAAGCGUAAACCGUCCAAGAAAAAGCGGUCUGUGAACUUUAUGGUCGAUUAUGACACUGACAGCAGUGAUGAUUUCUUGUUCAGUGUUGAGACUGGUAGUACCGAUACUCAAAAAGGAGAGAAAAAAAUCUACGCGCUAGGCAAAAUGAAUGGAAAAAAUGUCAAGUUCCAAUUAGACUCAGGAGCUACAGUGAACGUGCUACCAGCAUCUUUAUACAAACAUUUAUGUGGUGAUCGAAAACUUAAAAAACUUAUCAACAAGUCAAAGCCACUUAGAAUGUUCAAUCACAGUGUAACAAAACCAGUGGGAAAACGUCGACUGAGAGUAGUCAAUCCAAAAAACAACAAAGAAUAUGAGUACGAGUUUGACAUAGUUGACGCAGAUGUUCACCCGAUAUUAGGAUCGUUAGCAAUACAGGAAAUGAACUUCAUAACAGUGAAUGAUGAUGUAAUCGAGCGCGGUCCAGGACUUGUAAAUCAAAUCAGUGAAAAUGAACCUGAUCCAAUCACUAAAGAGAACAUUUUCGAGAAAUUCCCUGAAGUUUUCAGUGGGGUAGGCAAGCUACCAGGUAAGCUACACCUCGAGAUUGAUGACAAGGUUCAACCUACGAAAAUACCUACUCGUAAAAUAUCCUUAGCACUGAAACCCAAGGUCAAGUCUGAACUCAACAAGCUCGAGAAACAAAAAAUCCUGUCAAAAGUUCACGAUCCAACAGAUUGGAUAUCUGCAAUGGUUGUAGUUUCUAAACCGUCUGGCAAGAUUCGUCUUUGCAUAGACCCCCAGCCAUUGAAUGCAGCACUUAAGCGAAACCAUUAUCUGACCCCCACCAUCGAAGACAUGUUACACGACUUACAAGGAGCACGACUGUUCACCGUAUUGGACGCAAAAAAUGGUUUCUGGCACGUGGAAUUAGACCACGAAACUAGCCUACUCACAACAUUUGCUACGCCAUGGGGAAGGUACAGAUGGAAUCGGAUGCCCUUUGGCAUUAGUCCAGCCCCCGAGGAGUUUCAGAGAAGACUCGACCAAGCGCUUGAAGGAUUGGAUGGCGUGAAAGCGAUACAUGAUGACAUCAUUGUCUACAGUUGUGGAGGCAGCGACGAGCAAGCACUACGUGAUCAUGAUAUUAAGCUAGUAAACAUUCUACAGCGAUGCAAGGAAAAAGGUAUCUGUAUCAACAAGGAGAAAAUAAAGCUUCGAUUGAGUGAAGUGACGUACAUGGGACACAUAAUUUCGAAACAUGGUUUGCGUGCAGACCCCGCGAAGGUGAAGUCGAUAGUUGAAAUGCCGACACCUACUGACAAAAAGGGUGUACAGAGGCUCUUGGGCAUGGUUAAUUAUGUCCAGAAAUUUGCGCCUAAUCUCUCCGAGUUAACGGCUCCAUUAAGACAACUGACACACGAGGAAAAUGAGUUUGUCUGGGAUGAGACUGUUCACGGUAAAGCACUAAAUGACAUAAAAUCUGUACUAACGGAUGCACCAGUUCUCCAAUACUUUGACCAAAAUAAAUCAACCAUACUCCAGUGUGAUGCUUCGCAGCAUGGUUUGGGUGCCUGCCUUCUCCAAGAUGGCCACCCUGUUGCGUAUGCGUCAAGAGCUUUGACGCCCACAGAACAAAACUAUGCUCAAAUUGAGAAGGAGUUACUGGCGGUGGUAUUCGGUAUGGAACGAUUCGAGAACUAUACAUAUGGCCGAGAAAUACUCGUUGAAUCAGAUCAUAAACCUCUUGAGAUCAUCACAAAGAAAAGCCUCACCAGCGCGCCAAAACGUCUACAAAGGAUGUUACUGCGCCUGCAGAGAUUCGAAUACUGUGUCUUAUACAAACCUGGAUCGGAAAUGUAUCUCGCUGAUACAUUGAGUAGAGCGUAUCUACCGUUGAAACAUAAUAGUGACCGAUCACCGAAUGAGCAACUAUUUGAACAGGUCAACAUGGUACAAAACCUACCGAUAUCUCCCCAACGCUUGAAAAGACUACAGGACGGAACUGAGGAGGACGAAGUAAUGAACAUGCUAACUGCAACCAUCAGAAAAGGAUGGCCGGAUAGAAAGAAUGUAUUACCUCCGCAGGUACAAGUGUACUUUCCGUUCCGUGAAGAGUUCACAAUACAAAACGGGCUAAUAUUCAAGUCGGAUCGUGUUGUCAUACCGCAAAGCGAAAGGUUUCCUCUUAUCGAAACUGCUCAUCAAUCGCACAUUGGCUUGCAAGGAUGUCUCCGCAGACUGCGUGAAUGUCUCUAUUGGCCAAAUAUGAACAAAGAUGUUACUGAAUACAUUGCGCGAUGUGAAGUGUGCAAUACAUUCAACAAUAAUCAAUGUAAGGAAACACUACAGAGUCAUGAGAUCCCAUCGCGUCCCUGGGAACGUGUAGCAUGUGACAUAUUUGAAUUCAACCAGAAGUCGUAUCUAUCAACCGUUGACUAUUACUCUGACUACUUCGAAAUUGAUGGAUUACACAACAAAACAGCAAAGGAGAUAAUUCAGAAACUGAAACUGAACUUUGCACGACACGGCAUACCAGAUGUGCUAGUUUCGGAUAAUGGUCCACCAUUCUCUAGCACAGAAUUUAAAGAUUUCGUUCAAAAGUACGAAAUGCAACACAUUACGAGUUCGCCCUACCAUGCGCAAGCGAAUGGAAAAGUGGAAAACUCAAUCAAGACUGCAAAAGGUCUUAUGAGAAAAGCAUUUGAGGACUCGAACGACCCGUAUUUGGCACUUCUAGAGUGGCGAAAUACACCGACUGAAGGAAUCGGACUAUCUCCGAAUCAGCGACUCUUCGGACGACGUACAAAGUCGCUCCUACCGAUGUCGAACUCUCUCUUGACACCGUCCCUAACUUCACCUAAAAGGACCAUCUCAAAGGCUUUGAAGGAACGAAAGGAGAAACAAAGGAAAUAUUACGACCGAAACGCGAGAGACUUAAAACCACUUGAUGAGCAAGAUUCUGUUAGAAUUAAACCAAGUGGACGUGAAAAGAACUGGAAACUCGGUAAAGUUGUUAACAUUCUUCCCCAUCGUUCAUAUGAGGUUGAAACAAGCUACGGAACUAACAUCAGAAGGAACCGUAAAUUUUUGAAAAAAACACAAGAACAAUUUCAACCAUUCAGUGAAUCAGAGCCUCCAGUUGAUAGAAAUGUACUACAAACACCGGAAGUACAAGUACCGGAAGUGAACAUACCGGAAGUGAACAUACCGGAAGUAGAGGCACCGCGAAUCGAACAAUCACAAAUCGAACAAACUAUUGUUAAACAACCCGUAAGAAACAUUAUGCCUCCUUCACCCAAAGUAUCACAAGGAAUCAGAACCUCAGGAAGACCCAGAAAUCGACCAAAAUAUCUGGAGGACUUUGUGUCCUACGUUUCAGAUUGGUGGUGA